AUGUACAAAGGUGCAUUCCGUGCAAUGUCCCCUUUGACAAAGGUAGUGUGGAGAAAGAUAACCAGUGCUCAGGCAGCGCUGCACGUCAGCCUACACCUUUACAACCAGCUAGCUUUCUCUAGAGUAUCGGCUGACACCGCAACCGCAUCGCGCACACAAGAACCAACUCGGCUAGACACUUAUGCAAUUUAA